AUGAUAUGCAGCGACGAUCCUAAUCAGUUGCCUCACAACCACCAAGGCUCUAUUGAUUUUGCUUUGCCUCCUCCCACUCAGUCAGCUGACUCUCCUAAUCCUUCCAUCAAUUCCCCAAUACCUGGUGGUUGUGAGAACGGAAAUCGUAAACGUGGACACAAGAAAGCCAACUCCUUCUACCAUCUUGAGUCAGAAAAUAUGGAACUGCCUGGAAACCAGGAAGUUGCCUAUCCCAUAGUUCAAGAGCCUUCUACAAAUCAGUUUGUGCCUUCCUCUUAUUGGCAGUUUGAGCAGUCUGGAAUUCCUGUUUAUCCAACCGGGAAUGAAUGUCAGUACCCCAGUAUUUUCCCUCCACAGAAUUUUCUUGGUGUAAAUCCCAUUUUUAAUUGGAAUUCUGAGUCAGAUGAAUCUUGGAAGAAUAAUUCAUCCUUCCCUCCUGAAACCUACUCUCAUUUCCCCAACCCAGAAUAUAAUUCAUGUUGGUCCAGAGUUGGUCAAGAUGGUCAGCCCGUUUGCAACGAGGAGAUUAAACCUGAACUACUUUACCCCGUUUCAAGACAAGAAAAUACCUUUGUACAGGAUGGUUCGGCGCUUCAACAAACUUUCCAAUCUACAGAAACUGACGAGUAUGGUGUGGGUCAUGGUGAAGAGAUGAAACCAAUGUACCCCUUUCCUAUUAAUGGUCAUCUUUCUCUGGUUCAUUUUCAGCCAGAAGAUCAAUCUAAUGCAACCAUUUCGACUUCCUCGUUGGAGUCUGAUCUUAAUGUGACCAAUAAUUCGGGGAGUGAGGCUGAUUCUAAGAUGAACCAUAUUUUACGCAAUGCCGGCAUCGAAUCCCUUCCACUCUGCUUCAAAGAUGCUGAUGGGUGGAAUAACUCUCUUUAUCUUAUACCUCAACAACAGAAUCAAAAUCCUCAGCCAAGUAGCGUGCUUUCAGAACAGUUGUCUUCCAUGUUGCCCAACUCCGAUCUUAAUGGAUUGAUGAAACCUCAGAAUGAGGAUUCAAUUCCACCAGUAUUUCCCCUCUUACCUUCCUUCCCCCUUCCCUCUGCAUACAGACUUAUUCCACAGUCCGAUAGCUCCGAGUUUGAGAACAGUCAAGUUGAACCAGUGCCAUCGCCAAAUUCAGCAGGAGAAAAUCCACCACAGCCUCCGGAGGAGUUUCCGUCAUCUGAUGAUCUUGAACACUUUGCCAAACUCUUCAAGCAACGUAGAAUUAAAAUGGGCUACACCCAAGCUGACGUUGGCCUUGCUCUUGGUACCCUCUAUGGAAAUGUGUUCAGCCAAACCACCAUAUGUCGUUUCGAAGCCCUGCAGUUGUCCUUUAAGAAUAUGUGCAAGCUGAAACCACUUCUACAAAAGUGGCUUCAUGAAGCGGAUUGCUGUACUGGGACAACAAGUACUUUCGAUAAAGUGACAACUCAAGGAAGGAAACGUAAAAAAAGGACCAGUAUUGAAGUGGGAGUUAAGGGUGUUUUGGAAGGACAUUUCAUUAGACAACCAAAACCAGCUGCUCAAGAUAUCACCAACCUUGCUGACACUCUGGGAUUAGAGAAAGAAGUUGUUCGAGUGUGGUUUUGCAAUCGACGACAAAAGCAGAAACGUUUGAAUCCAACUGCUUUUGAGAACGGAGAUAUGAGUGAAAAUUCACUGAGGGAAGGUGAAUCUGGUUACAGUACGCCUCCGUUCUGCGGUGGUGGUGGUGGUGGAGGUGGUGAAGGUGCUCAUCAAAUGAAUUCUCCUUAUCCAAACAAUGGGAGUAAUGGUUUUUUCCAUGAGAAUCCGUCCGCAAUCUACUUUGACGGAAGUGGUUUCCCACAACAACACGGAGGUGAUCCAUGUGAAUACCAGCAGACACAACAACCUCCCCAGCCUUGUCUAGUUUUAACAGCACACCCAGAUUACCCUCUAUCUCAUCUCCAAUCGAUCGACAAACUCCCUGAAGUGCCGGUACCCUACCCUCAGACUGCAGGGUUGCCAGAGGCUGCGAUUUACUCGGUGUAG